AGUUUAUAGCGGAAGUAAACAGAGGCCAUUUCCGGUCUCAUAUCAAUGACGUAGUUUAAGGGAGCUGGUGGUUGCAUCUUCUGAAGGGAAGGGGCUUUCUUCUUCUGUUGCAGAGAGAGGAGGAAGGGGAGGUUUGUCCUAGGCUUGACCAGGUUCAUCAGCAACCAUGGCGCAAUACAAGGGAGCUGCCAGUGAGGCUGGCCGGGCGCUCCAGCUGAUGAAGAAGAGGGAGAGGCAGCGUGAGCAUAUGGAGCAGAUGAGGCAACGCAUUGCGGAGGAAAACAUCAUGAAGUCAAAUAUUGACAAGAAGUUCUCUGCCCAUUACGAUGCAGUGGAAGCAGAGCUGAAAUCCAGCACAGUUGGCCUGGUGACCUUAAAUGACAUGAAGGCCAAGCAAGAAGCUCUUGUAAAGGAACGGGAGAAGCAGCUGGCGAAGAAGGAGCAGUCCAAAGAACUGCAGCUGAAGUUGGAGCGGAUGCGGGAACGGGAGCGCAAACAGGAGCAAAAACGUAAGAUCUCGAGCUUGUCCUUCACUUUGGAUGAAGAGGAGGAAGAGGAUGGAGCUGAGGAGGAGGAGGAGGAAGCAGAGUUAGAGCGGGAAGAGCUGCCUUCCAAGAAGAAGAAACUGGGGAAGAACCCAGAUGUGGACACUAGCUUCCUGCCUGACCGUGACCGUGAGGAAGAAGAAAACCGCCUGCGGGAAGAGCUACGUCAGGAGUGGGAGGCCAAACAGGAGAAAAUCAAGAGUGAAGAAAUUGAAAUUACCUUUAGCUACUGGGAUGGCUCUGGACACCGCCGAACUGUCAAGAUGAAGAAGGGGAACACCAUUCAGCAGUUUCUACAAAAGGCUUUGGAAAUCUUGCGUAAAGACUUCAGUGAACUCCGGUCAGCUGGUGUGGAGCAACUUAUGUACAUCAAGGAAGAUCUCAUAAUCCCACAUCAUCAUAGCUUCUAUGACUUCAUUGUCACAAAGGCUCGGGGGAAAAGUGGGCCACUCUUCAAUUUUGAUGUUCACGAUGAUGUUCGGCUUUUGAGUGAUGCAACGGUGGAAAAAGAUGAGUCCCAUGCAGGCAAGGUUGUGCUUCGCAGCUGGUAUGAGAAGAACAAACACAUUUUCCCUGCAAGCCGAUGGGAACCCUAUGACCCAGAGAAGAAAUGGGACAAGUAUACGAUCCGGUGAGCAUCUGAUAUGUGUUGUUUGUGGCUGUCUGAGGCCUUCCUGGUUCUUCUGCAGUAACUCCUUUUUAGUCAAACCCAGCCCAGCCUUCCCAACUUUGCAUCUGUACCUCAUCCCUGACUGUAUCAGCCUUUGGUGAAAUAAACAUUGCCUUUCCCAAUCCAGAAGAGGCUCCUUCUGCUGCCUUGAGCCCACAAGGUUCUCAGCCCUCUUGCUCCAGUUCUGAAGCCACUGAGCCAGAACUUGGUUUGAGCAUGAUUUGGUACUGGAAUCUACUUUGAGACUUGGGACUUCAAUUCUGGCAUGUAGGCUAAAAUGGUGUGUGUAUUGAUCAUGUGCAGAAUGUCUCUUAUUAUCAAGUAACCACAACUUGUCUCACACAGCUAGAUUUCAGAGAAUGAUUUCUGGAUACAAUUUAGUCCCAUUGCAUCUUGGGUUUUAGAAAUUGAGUUGUAUGUACAGUUCUGUUCAAAAUGUGAGAAAUGACUUAAUAAACUUUUAAAGUUGCCAAAGG